CGGAAGUGGCGCGCGCUCGGCCUUUCCGCCUCGCUUGUGGCGGGCGUCAGGUCAGAGCGGCUUGGUCCGCUCUGGGUUCGCGGCCAACGUCUUCUUGUCGGACCUCUCCGACCCCACUCCGAGGGCGGGAAGAUGGUGGGCCGGAACAGCGCCAUCGCCGCGGGUGUCUGUGGGGCUCUCUUCAUCGGGUACUGCAUUUACUUCGACCGCAAGAGACGGAGUGACCCCAACUUCAAGAACAGGCUGCGAGAACGAAGAAAGAAGCAAAAGCUUGCUAAGGAGAGAGCGGGACUUUCUAAGUUACCUGACCUUAAAGAUGCUGAGGCUGUUCAGAAGUUCUUCCUUGAAGAAAUACAACUUGGUGAAGAGCUACUAGCCCAAGGUGAAUAUGAGAAAGGUGUGGACCAUCUGACAAAUGCGAUUGCUGUGUGUGGACAGCCACAGCAGUUACUGCAGGUGUUACAGCAGACUCUUCCACCACCAGUGUUCCAGAUGCUUCUGACUAAGCUUCCAACGAUUAGUCAGAAAAUUGUGAGUGCUCAAAGUUUGGCUGAAGAUGACGUGGAAUGAGAAACAAAUGUUAACAUAAUCCAGUUUAAAGUUUUCGAACCCUUAACUUAGAAGAUGAACAGCUUGAGGGGGGAAAGGGCAAAUACACUUCAUUAUGAACUGUCCUACACGGAAAUCUACCAAAGUUAAUUUUUACUUUGUGUAGAAUCACUUGUCUCUUAUUUAUUUUUCCCAGUGAAAAGGUGUAUUUUGAUAGCUUUUCAUUUUAUAAAUACACUAUGAGUUACUGAAAUAUCAUGGACUUGUUUAUUCUGAAAUCUGUGAUUGUAUAUAAAUUGGCACAUUACUUACAUUAAAAUACUUAGUACUCAGUUUUAAUAGGCAAGGAAAGUAUAACAGAAAGCUGAAGAGUGCACUUUUUAAAAACAGAACAUUUUGCUAAUAGAUAAGAAGACUUGAACUUGACUGGGUUUAUUAAACUGAGCUUUAAAAAAAAACUUGAGGUCAUUUGAUCUCUUAUGUAUGUGAGAUGCCCUUCUGUGCUUAUAUAUUAACUCCACCCUGUCCUGUGUUGUCAGUCUUGACCCCCCACCCCAUUUUUAAAUCAGUGAGCCUAGUAUAUUCAGGAUGAUCAUCUUGUACUGUAUAUAUGGAAAUCACACUGGUGAUGAGUAUACAUAUGUAUAGCCCUAAUCUGACCAUAUGAACUUUGCCGGCUAACACCUAUCCCUCUUUCCUCACUUAUAAAAUGAGGAAAUUGGACAACUAACUCAGAAGUGUUCCUUUCAGCUUCUAUUUUUUUUAGUUCUGUUUAGCACCUUCAAAUCCAGCCUUCUGAGGGAUGUAUUUGUUCAAUGACCAGGCCAUGCAUUAUAUACACACACAUGUCCAUCCUGACUUUUGCAUGCUUGCCUAACAGUACUUCUGACCUGAUUUUCUUAAGGUAUGUUGUAUUGAUAUUUGACUGAAAUCGUAUAAUCUAUCAUUACCCUUGUAAAUUAAUCUGAAAAUCCUUUAAGUUAACUGUAUCUCCCUAAGUCUUCACUGUGGUUCAUUUAUCUUGUAAUAAGAAUAAGGUAUAACCUUAUGUGUUAAGACUUAAAGAAUAGAGGUAAUGGGGAACCUCUUAUUCUCAAAAUAAUGGUCUGUGUUCACAGAUUCAGUGUCAGACCUGCAAAUAAAGAUCUUUGGUGUCAUCUGUUGAA